GGAGCGCCAGCGGCUUCAGAGGCGUCGUAGCGCGGCUGCUGCCGGAUCGGAAUCAGGCAGCAGCAGUAGCAACAGCGGCUCCUCAUCCUCCUCUGGCGACUCGGAGGGAUCAGGAUCUGGAUCCGAUUCGGAGUCGGGUGGAUCGGAGGGAGGCGACGAGGGUGCUGCGGGUGGUGAGGGCGAGGAGGUGCGAGCUGAGGCGGUGGUGAUGCCCAACUACGGCACAUCCUCCUCGGAAGGGGAGCAGGAGGAUGAGGAACGGGAGGGCGGCGGCAGGAGCGGGCGCAAAGGGCAGGCCCGAGGGAAGGCGGCUGCUGCUGCGAGGGGAGGCAAGAGCGGCGCAGCAGCUGCGGCUGCUAAGGCGGCUGCUGCGGAGGCGACAAGGGAGGCGGCGCGCCGGCGUGUGCCUCAGGCACUGGGGGCCAGCAGCGACGAGGAGGAGGACGAAGGUGCCGCAGGAAGACGGGGCAGGGCGGCAGGAAAGGCGGCAGCGCCGGGCAAGAAAGCAGCGGAGCGGCGAGGCAAGAAGGAGGCGGGUGCGGC